UCUUUAGGUUCUUUGGUAAAGCAUCCAUCAUGGCGAGUUCCAAUCGACGUGUGUUGCCAGUAGAUGAUUCCAAUAUUACCUUCGAGACAAGCGAAGAUGUUAUUGUUACGCCGACAUUUGACUCUAUGAAAAUACGAGAAGAUCUUCUUAGGGGAAUUUAUGCAUAUGGAUUUGAGAAACCUUCAGCCAUUCAACAGAGAGCAAUCAAACCUGUAACGAAAGGCAGAGAUGUUAUUGCACAGGCACAGUCUGGUACAGGUAAAACUGCUACGUUCUCCAUCAGCAUUCUACAGAUGCUAGAUACGCAAGUGAGGGAGACGCAAGCACUUGUGCUGUCUCCGACGCGUGAAUUAGCAGUCCAAAUUCAGAAGGUUGUGUUAGCUUUAGGUGAUUACAUGAGCGUACAAUGCCACGCCUGUAUCGGUGGAACAAGCAUAGGAGAGGAUAUUCACAAACUAGACUACGGGCAGCACGUGGUGUCUGGAACCCCUGGCAGAGUUUUUGACAUGAUCCGAAGGCGACACUUACGAACAAGAUCCAUCAAGAUGCUGAUUCUUGAUGAGGCCGAUGAAAUGUUGAAUAAAGGUUUUAAGGAGCAGAUCUAUGAUGUGUACAGGUACUUACCGCCAGCAACACAAGUGGUUCUGUUCAGUGCUACACUGCCUCACGAAAUCCUUGAGAUGACACACAAGUUCAUGACAGACCCAAUCAGGAUCCUGGUCAAACGUGAUGAGUUAACUUUGGAAGGCAUCAAGCAAUUCUUCGUAGCUGUUGAACGCGAGGAAUGGAAGUUCGACACGCUCUGUGACCUCUACGACACCUUAACCAUUACACAGGCUGUUAUAUUCUGCAACACAAAGAGAAAGGUUGAUUGGCUGACGGAGAAAAUGAGGGAAGCAAACUUCACAGUGUCAUCGAUGCAUGGAGACAUGCCUCAGAAAGAACGUGACGCCAUUAUGAAAGAGUUCAGAGCCGGAGCUAGUCGUGUGUUAAUCACAACCGAUGUAUGGGCUAGGGGCAUAGACGUGCAACAAGUGUCUCUGGUUAUAAACUACGACUUACCAAACAAUCGUGAGUUGUACAUCCACAGGAUCGGUCGUUCAGGACGUUACGGCAGGAAGGGUGUUGCAAUCAAUUUUGUGAAGAGCGAUGACAUCAGGAUUUUACGAGAUAUUGAGCAAUACUACAGUACGCAAAUUGACGAGAUGCCAAUGAAUGUUGCUGAUCUGAUCUAGAUUUUUAUGAUGUUGUUUACCAGUCUCCCCACAAGUCAUCUACCGGUCAUUUACCAGUCAACGCAGGUCAUCUACUGAUCAUCCUACUUUAACAACCUAAGAUUUCCAAGUUGUUAUUAAUUUUUUUUGUACAUAUGUUUAGCAAAUAUUUUAUUUUGCUUUUCUCCACAAUUUUACAAUCUUGGUACAAUAUGCUAGACCACAAAUUAUGUAGGGAUUGAACCGUGGUCUAUAUCCUACCAAAUAAACCACUUAAACUGAUUAUAGUACAGUAACUUGCAUAGCAUAUUUAGGUUUCAAUAUUUAUACACCUUGUUUAGGUAAGGUUUUCAUAUCAAGGUGUAUACUUCCUCUAAUAUUUGAUAAAGGUAUGGAUGUUCAUUAAUUUUGACAUUAUGUACUUACAGAAAGGCAUUUUUUUUUCCUGACAGUUCAAUUUCCUUUUAAUAAACAUUAACUGUUAGCAUUAUUUCCUUUCAUGACAUAAUUGCAGGCAAGAACAAAAUUAUCUCACGUUUCAUUUACUUAUGUAUCACAACAUAUUUGGAUACUACAUUUAUAACUUUUUUUUAAUAAAAAAAAAGCAGUUUAUGCCAAUUAAUGUUCUUCAUGAGUUGAAUAUGUUCACAGUGAAAAAGCAGCAGUACCUGGUUGAAUUUCCUUUUCUGAUAAAAUUACUGUAUGAAAAUAAUUUGUAGACCCCUUUUCAAUUUCAUCUUGUACAGUUUUAAAAUUAAUCUUUUUGUUAGUGAAAUGUAUGUCAUUAAUUUCUAUAGCCAAUUUGGAUUUGCAUAUUGAGGCAGUUUACUGUAUCGAUAUAACUACACACUUAAUAUACUGUCAUUCACCCUGGGGAUGGAUGCCCUUGUCCAUCCCUGGGUUUUGGGUUGAUACGACCUUAUUAGUUUAAAAUGAUGGGGGUCAGUUGUGAUUAUUAAUAUUAGGGAAAUUUCAAAAUCACAAUGUAUAAUGUAAGAAAAAAGACCAUAUUUAAUUUAGCUAACUUCCUGGGUUUAACAUCCUAAAUGCAACAUAAAAUCAGUUCUGUUUUCUGCACUUAAAUUUCAAAAUAGUCAGAGCAAAGUGAGUAAAUUGUAUGUUGUGAUUUUGAAAACUCAUUGAUAGCUUUUGCAUCACAUUUCAACAUCUAGUCAUUUUUUUUGUGUGAAAUGUGCUGCAAUUAUAAUUGGUGAUAGCAGUAAGCAGUUUUUGAUAAAAUAAACGUGUAUGUGAGAGUCUUAAA